AUGUCUGGAUGGGGUGGAUGUUUGGAUGGUCAAGACAUAUUUGCGACGAUCAGAGAAAACAGCCUCAGAGGAGAACUCAUCACUGAGCUCAUCGCAGACACCACAGGAGAAUGGGUUCAAUGGAGGCUUGAAGGGAAAGAUGCCGACUGGUUCUUCCUGGAUGGGCGAAACCUUCGUCUCAACACAUCGUCGGAGAAGGUCCUAAACCGUGAGGUUCAGGGCCCUGUCCUAAUGGCUGAGCUUGAAUGUUACGAAGAGGAAAUGCUUCAGAGCGUGUACAACAUCAUGGUGGAGGUUCUCAACGAGAACGAUAAUUCACCAGUGUUUGCAGAGAACACGGUCCAAUCUCUUAUUGUCACCGAGCUGACACCUGUGAAUACAGUGGUGUUUACUGUCCAGGCCACGGAUGAAGAUGAUGACAAAAUCAUUUACUCUAUUGACCCAACAUCUCCUGAUGCAGAGUAUUUCAAGGUAGAUCUCCCCAACAGCGGAGAGAUCAUGCUGUCAAAACCUCUGGACUAUGAGACUAAAACCCUGCUCACAGUCACGAUCCACGCCUCGGAGAUGAGCACCGCUGAGCACUUCAACGCCAGCACCACGGUCACCAUCACGGUCCUGGACGGAGACGACCAGUACCCGCAGUUCGUGCCCUGCACACUGCUCUUCCAGGACAAGUCCAACCGCAUCUGCACCAACCCCGUGUACACAGUCAACGUCACGGAGGGGGAAGAGGACAUUGUUUUGGACUUCUCUCCUGGUCCUAUUCAUGCUGUGGAUGGGGACAAAGGAAUCAGCUCCCCACUCAGUUACACCAUUCUCUCAGGGGCUGACGAUGGGCGUUUCCUGAUGGACGGGAAGACAGGAGAGGUGAGGCUGACCCGCGGGGUCAAGGACAGACUUACAACUCCAACGCUGCGUCUGCAGGUCAUGGCCUACCAGGAUGACGACCCCAGGAAGUACACGGUCGCCACGGCUCUGGUGCACAUUUUGGCUGUGAACCAGUUUCAGCCACGGUUCGACAGGACUGAGUACCACGGCUUUGUGACCGAGGGCAAGAACCCCGCCGCUCUUAUCAACACCUACGGCAGCAAAGUGCUGAUGUUACGUGUGCAGGACCACGACUUUAUGCACGGAUUCAAUCCAAUGAUCUACUUCACCUUCAGUCCUGCGUCCAACCACUCAGACGCUUUCCAAGUCACACAGGAGGGACUCGUAAUUGCCAAGACCAGCCAGCUCAAACCAAAGCAGAAACACAUCCUGGAGGUGGCAGCUGUAGACCAGGAAUCAGGUGAUGCUGCCUUUGCAAGUAUAGUAGUGGAGGUGCUGCCCAAAGGACAAGCAAUCCCUCUAGGUCCUUCAGGAAGUGACCAUCUGACAAGCUGUACAGUGGGCAAAGCGUUGGCACUGUGUGUCUUGUUCCUUACUAUACUGGGAGGUAUGACGUACGCCAUGUCGUGGCUGACCCGCAAACACAAGGGGAAGAAAGACCCACUGGAGAGAGGGUGUGUGGCCCAGGGCAAACAUCCCAAUGUGAGCUUAAGGUGGUUCCAGCUGGUCAGUCACCAUUCCGCCAUGGCACAGAUGGAUGAAGUACCCUCUAACUGCGAGGACCUCGGUACCUACAACCCUUCCUUCAGCAUCCAGGACAAACCUGGCAUCUACAUCCACCAAGACCUGCCCCCCUGCCGAGGCCCUACCCCACCCAGCACAACCGCUGCACCCGACACCAGUUUUAUCCCCACAGAAUCGGCGUGCAACCCUGUGAUCUUCAACAGCGAUGUUUCUGUACCAGUCAAAAGCUCCUGCAACUCCCCCGCCAUGCAUCCGGCUGUUUCUGAAGUAAAGCCUGCAGAUAAGGCUGAAAACGCGGCCUCACCCAAAGACAACCCUGGCUCACCCAACCCACCUUCCGACAAAGCCUUAGACCCUACAGUGGCUUCUGAUGACCUUGCACCACCUAGCCCUAGCCUUGUGUCCGAAAAUGUUAUUUCUACUCCACCUGUCCUUUCUCCUAACACAGAAAUGAAACCACCUAACAUCAGCCGUGACACUGUAAACCCUGUCACCAACCCGUCUUCUUCUGCACCUUCUUCUCCUACUCCUUCAUGUCAUCCCACGAUCGCUUCAACAGAUACCGACACACCAUAUCACACACCUGGUACUGACAGCCUGCCAGAUCCCUCGUCUGCCCAGCAAGAAGCACCUUAUCCAAAAGAGAUUAACAACCCUCCACCCACACCCGAGAACGCUCCUCUUAAAGUCGCAUUAGUCCGCGUUGACAUGUCCUCCCUUGCCACAACUACAAUGACACCAGAGCAAACGUCCGUGACUUUAUCUACAGACAUGCCCAGUCAGGUGGACUUGCCCUCCACCUCUACCUCCACCUCAGACACAACACACACCGAUGGGCAUCCGGAGGAACCAGGGGACACCACCGCCUGUCCACCUCAAGAACGAAGUGCCUCGACGACCUCGGGAAACACCCAGGACAGCAGAGGAGAGGGUGAGGAAGACGAUGACGGCUUUCUGGGAGACGAAGACGCGGACAAGAACAGUGACGGCGAAUUAGAGUCUGACGAGGAAGAGCUGUUGAGAGUGCUCGCUCGUUUGAAUCCCACUUUUAUGCUAAUUAGCAAGUGA